AUGGAAUACCCAGACGAUGACAAUACCAUGCAGAAGUAUGUUGGUCUCGAUAUUUCAAAUACCAGAAUCAUGAGACCAGCAGAUUCAGUGGAAGCUCAGAUAGAUGAGAUCGAGCGUACAGAAGAAGAGGAGGAUGUGGCUUUGUACAGCGAUAGCCAGAGUGCAAUUCAUCUGGUAAAGAAUCCCGCGUUUCACUCGCAAACGAAGCACAUCGAGGUUAAGUAUCAUUUCAUCUGGCAACUUCUAGAGAAGAAGAUGUUGCAGCUGAAAAAGAUUCGGGGAGAUAGGAAUCCUGCAGACAUGUUGACCAAGGCGAGGGUUGACGGCGCGACGGAGGAUGAGGAUGUUGAUGAUGCGACGGAGGAGGUUGCUGGCACGACAGAGGUGGUUGACCAUCCUAGUGGACGCGAUGACGACAACCGAAUAUUGCGUCGAACCUCGAGUCACGGUGGUCAGCGAUGUUUUAUUCCGACAAGACAAGUUGUCCGGACGUUCUCAGCCCUACGAAGACCUCAAGCCAGUUGCCCGACAGUUUAUCGCGAGCUGCUCGGUCGUACAUCGCGAGCCACUCCAUCGUUCAUCGCGAGCUACCAGGCCUUUCUCGGACUCCAUCCUUUCCACCCUAGAGCUGCAUUGUCGUUCAUCGCGAGGAAGAUGAACACGAACCAGGUGGUCGUGCAUCCUAUGAAAGCGUCGUCCCUACAGACGGAGGCUGUGGGAACUUGCUGCUACCGCGAGCGAGGAUGA